GAAUCUCUGCAUCAUGGCCGGCGGGGAGCGGAAGAGGAAAGAUACGUUGGGGCUGCAGAAGAUCGAGAUCAAGCGGCAAGCGCACCGAGUGCCCCGAGAGGAGCGGCACGUGUGCUUCUCCGAGCACCGCCACGGCCUCUUCAAGAAGGCCACCAAGUUCUGCGUGCGCACCGGCGCGCACCUUGCCGUCAUCAUGUUCUCCCCUGCCGGGAAGCCCUACUCGUUCGGCCACCCCUCCGUGAACGCCACCGUCGAGCGCAACCACGAUCCCGGCUCCUACGUUCCCCUCGCGCGCGAGACGACGCACCCGGCGGUCCUGUACGAGUACGGCAGCGAGGGCGAGCGCCUGGCCAAGGCCAUCCAGGCGGGAGGGGCGGCGGCGGGUCGCGCUCGUACUGUAUCGGAGGUGCGCGGCCGGCGGCGCCGGCGGGUCCCGAUCAAUAAUCCAAACCGAGGACGAGGAGGGCUUUUGUGUAAAAUACUAGGGGGUUUUAUAAAAAAUAUCGGAUCGUGA